AUGUCCGUGUAUCCUCUCCCUCCUCCAGCGGUGGAGAUCAAUCCCAACUGGGAGGUGGUGUACCGGGACACCCACGUGUACGGGGUGGUGGGCAAAGCGGUGAUCCUGGAGUGCGGUCCCACCAUACCUGACAUGUACAUAUGGAGCUUCACCAAGCCCGGCACUGAGGCGAUAAAAGCUGUGGUGUACAAUUUGGGGAAGGGAACGAGGAUCCAGAAGCUGGCCGAGAGCCUCGGACAGCUGACGGUCAUCUCAAACAGCGCAUCUGUGAGCAUUGAGAAACUGCCUCUGGCCGCACACGGCCUGUUCACCUGCCAGGCCUUCUAUGACAUAGACAAAGAUCCCAAAGUGUACUACUACUACGUGCACCUCACUGUCCGAGUUCCCGUCACUAAGCCUUACCUCCUCAUGAGCGAUGCAUCUCCGGUGGAAGGAUCUACGAUGUGGAUGCGCUGCAACUUGGACAAUGGGACGGGGCCGAUCCAGUAUGUGUGGAAACAUGAAACCCGUAACGGCACCAUCUCAGUCGUUGCACAGGGCACCGCCAACAUUAUUAACGUGACUGAUGUCAACCGCAACCACACCGGCUGGUACCGCUGCGAGGCCAGCAACGCCGUCAACAGCGAGAGCUCUAACCGGUUAUGGCUGGACACUAUCUUUGGCCCAGACAUUCCUCAGAUAGACGUGACUCCGUACAGCAUAACAGAGCGAGGAUACUCAGCCCUGGAGAGAGAGACUGUUUCUUUACUGUGUCAAGCCCAGUCCAACCCGGCCAGUCAGUACGUCUGGUUCUACAACAACUCCCAGGUCUACUCCGGGCCACAGUUCACCAUCACCAAGAUCCUCCGCAUGCACACUGGCGACUAUGCCUGCUUGGCGCAGAACACCUACCUCAACACCCGCUCCAAAAAAACCAUCAGCCUGACUGUCUACUACCCACCUGAUGGUUCCCCCUCCUGCUCUGUGGAGCCGGCUCUGAAUCACACCUCUCUGAAACUGCUCUGCUCUUGGCCCGGUGGAUUCCCCUCCCCUUCUCUCCACUGGACCGGAGACCUGAAAAGACUGGGACAAGAUGAGGCUGGCACGGGGAAACAGGCAAAUCCACUAACCAACACUACUGUCUUGCUGUCAACUGAAGGCCUGGCCUCCAACGACAGCUCGUUUUCAUGCAUGGGCUCACACCUGGCACUGAAACAAUCAAGAGAGUGCAGCACACGAACAUAUAUCCCCCCUGCAGAGCCAGUGUGUUUAGCCUAUGUGACUAACAACAAACAGUAUCUGAUGCUGUCCUGCUCCUGGGAUGGAGGAUCUCCAAACGCAUUGGUGUGGUGGGAGGGCCCGGGAGGCCAGGGCAAAGAUGGGAAAGAAAACUCCAACGUCCUGAUCCUCCAUUAUGGCACCGCCCGUGGCGGGAAACCCUACACCUGCCACGCCAAGCAUCCCCUUCUGGUCCAAACCAAAACCUGCAGGCUCACUCUGGAGGCUCCUGUGUUACUGACGCAGCGCAGAGUUGUGUCUGUGUACGAGGGGAGUGAUGUCCAGCUCACCUGCAACCUGAUAUCCAACUACCUUCCCACCGAUCAAAUCACCUGGUUUAACAACCGUGGCUUGGACGUCCAAGGCACGUCGAAGUACACACUGCUGCGAACGUCUGCAUGGGCCAAUCUGACUGUGAAAGACACACAUGAGGCUCAAGACAGCGGCGAGUACAGGUGCUCCACCUCCAACGCAGUGGGAGGAACGGAUGUCAAUGUCACCUUACUGGUCAAGAGGUACCCCAUGCCACCCAAUGCGACCCUAGUUAAAGUGAUGUACAACAGCCGACAGCGGAACGAGGUGGAGCUUGAGUGGCAGGUAGAGAACGAAGAACAGAGAGGUUGGACAGGUUUCAUCCUGGAGCACAUUUGGGUGCCAGAGCGACCAGGAAGGAGAGGCAGGAACGAUACAAAGGAGGACACAGAUGAGAGAAUCGGUCCCCCGGUCUGGUACCCUAGCAUCAUCCAGGACCCAGAAGUCAGGACUCAUACAGUGGGAAGACUGACGCCAACCGUUACCUACCAGUUCCGCAUCACACCUGUCAACCACCGCACCCUAGGACACCCUUCUGCACCAAAGACUCCAGCGGAACCACGCUACAACAUGUACCCUGCUGUGAUUGGUGCAGCCAUAGGUGGGAUGCUCUUCGCAGCCAUCGUCACGGCGCUGCUGCUCCUGUUCAUAAUCCGCAACCGCAACAACAAUCCUCGACUACAUGACAUGCUGUUUGGGUCGCAGCACAGCCAGUCGAGGGAAAACAUCAACUUGCCGGAGGAUGAAGUGGUUGGCGGGUCAGAGGGAGGAAUAGAGGAGAUUGGUGGAUUAGCCAGUCCAGGUCCAACCUUGGCUCUCCCCCGGGCGUCUUCACCCCUCACCACCUCACCCCUGAGUGCCACCCCCACCACGAGCCAAGCCCCUCCCCCUGGAGACGACAACGAACCUGUCAGCGUCACCAUCACCGUCAAGGCUACAGGCUCAUAGUCACAUGUCACAGACUCCUCUGGUUGUAAAUGAACGUGGAAAUAAUGUUUUUGUAGACGGCAGCCUGUGAUUUGGAUCAUAUCUUUACAAUAGCAGUUGCAAACCUUCCUCCACUUUCUCUGCAAAACUUUGUCAUAAUGUAAUGUAAAGCACACACACAAGGGAUCAGUUCAUUUCUACACAAAAUGAUAUGCAUGUAUACCGUUUUUUGAACAUGAAAAACCUUUUGUUUUAGCAGGCUACCUACACAAUUUACUUUUACAGCUACCCAGUAGAUGAUUAGGUCCAGAUGAUUUAUAGAGUUUUCUUUUAGUUUAGUUUACUAUACUUGGCACAUUUUGUCUUCAAACUAAUACUUUUUACACAUGUGCUAAGUGGUGUAAACAAGAGCUCAUAUGGACUGAUGAUGGUAAAUCACUGACUGUACAGUUUUGGUGACUGAACCUGCAUCUUCAGCACUAAAUCCACCAAGGGAAAAUCAAAUAAAGAAUAUUGUAAAGAGGAAGCACAUUUCCGCUGACUCACAGGAAGUUGUAGUGAACUGGCGUUGAUUCUUUUCUUCUCUCAAUUCUGAAAUUGCCUUUUUAGGAAAAUGAUUUCUCCUUCGUUGAUUAAGGGGAUCUCGAGGUCUCUAAGUUUCGCCCCUCGGACACUGCUGAGACAA